AUGAGCAACACCAGCAACAACAGCAACAGCAGCAGCAACAGCAGCACGCAUUUUUCUUGGCGCUUCCGCGAUUCUGGCCAUCGACGUCAACGAUACCGAGUGCCAGGGCAUUAUCAGCCAAAAUGCGUUGACCUUUUGGCCGGGGAAAAAGGGGCCAAGGAAAAGGCGGGGAGCUGUGUGCUCUCGAGUGUGGCCACAGAUGACGGUGAUGGUGGCGAUGAUGAUGAUCAUCAUGGUGGCGGCCACUUUGACGGCUUGUUGGGAACACCUUCCACCUUCCGCCGCUCCUCCGUUUCCGAAUGGAUUCGAUUUGAAUUACUUCAAAGGAUACACUCGUAUUUUGCAGUGCUGAUAUACUUGACAGGACUUUUGAUCCUUGGAAUUAUUCCAACCUUUGGUCAAGUUUUUCCCUGCGGUGCGGAUGGUAUCUGCGUUUGUUCGGGUCAAGAAGUUGGCCAACUGGUUCCAGAUUGUGAGGAUUGCACGAGUUACUAUUUGUGCGGCAAUGGGUUUGCGCAGAAAGUGAAAUGUAAUUCGGGCAUGAUCUUCGAUAUCAACUUGAAGACCUGUGUGAACGGUCAGUGUCCAAGAUUGGAUGGCACUUGUUCGGGAUCGGUUACUCCAACUCCGACUCCAGGAACUCCGGGAACUCCAGGGGAAACCCCGUCAACUCCAGGACCUUCAGGUCCUUGUGCCAAUGAUGUGACAUGUCGUUUCGCUGGCGAGUUUAUUGCUCAUCCACAGCAUUGCAGAUUCUUUUACACCUGCAUUGAGAAAUGUCCUGUUUUGGGUUUCUGUGAGCUGGGCAAAUGGUUCGAUCGGGAGUUAUUUGUGUGUGAUUAUCCCCAAAAAGUGAAAAAUUGUCCUUCUAACAGGGACUAAAGUUUUGUUGUUAUCUACUGUUAAAUGUUUUAUAUUUAUAAAAACUUUAUAAACACUACAAACAACAUAAUUGUUACACAAUACUUUAUACAAAUACCACACAAAACCAAAUAAAAAUAAUUUUACAACUAAACUAAGAAAACAGGGCUCAACAAAACCUUUUGUGCAUUACAUCCAGCCAACUUGAGAUGUUAAUUUAAGAUUCGCUUGUGUGUGGGAAAGGUAAUUUGCCUUAGGACCAACUGCAAUCGGGGCAAAAUCAAAUCAAAUAAAUAUGUGUCACGGCAAAUCGAAGUGAGGCAGAGUUAAUUUGAGCGGUCAUUAAACUGCAAUUGUCCUCAUGAAUAGACUGAGCUGAGCGAAUAGGCAAAAGCCAGCGAGCAGCGCCCAACAACAUGGCGAUAAUUUACGCAAAUUGCUUGACACAAUUUUCCAGUUGGCUGUUGUUGUUGUUGUUGUUGUUGUUGUUGUUGCCGCUUAUGUUGUUUUUAUUGUUAGCGUUGUUGUUGCCUCGAGCGUGUGGGCGGUUGCUGCGUGUGAAUUGUUGUUGUUGCUGCUUUUGCUGCUGCUGCCACCGCCGGCAGAAAGCAACAAAUUUAGCACGCAACUAACAAUUUUAGCUGUUCCAGAUAGAGCGACACUCGCAAACACUCGCUGACUGGCACACCCAGGUGCAUAUGAAAACAAACAAAAGAAGCUUCAAAAGUAAUGUUUAGUUUCGUAGUACGAAAUUCGUACACGCCACAAAAAGUUCAUACACUUUUCCCCGUGUCAUUCCGAGAAAAUUGGAGUUCGAAUUGGAGUGAGUUUCGUAGAGUCUUUUGGGUUUGGUAUCUCCUAUGUAUUUUGGCUAAAUAGGAAAAGAAGAAAUUUAUUUUGUAAUACGUUAAUAUCAACUUUGGAAUGCCAUAAUGCUUGUUGAACUAAAAUAAAAUAACCAAACUAAAACUUACAAACUAAAUGCAAUAAAAAUUCAAUUUAAACUUUUAAGUUAUUAUUUUAAAGAUUCCCAAACUUCUUUAAUACUUUUAAGUAGGUUAUUUGAAGAUUAAGGCAAGAUAAUAAAUAUAUCACUCUGUUAUUUAUUUUUCCAAGAGUAUUGCUCUAGCUUCCUCGUUUCGAAGCACGGCAAACAAACAACAAACUUUCACCCGGCAGUAAGCCGCAGCAUUUUGGACAAUUUCGUAACUGGGUAAACACACU